CUAAAAAAUAAUUACUUCUGAUUUUAUUACUUCUGAUUGCCAACCAACAUUAUUUUACUCGACAAAAAAAUGAAAAAUUUUUUUAGCUCGUGUUCAAAAACAUCGAUGUUUGGGAAAAAGAAUCGAAAAUCGAUGUCUUCGAUUAAUCGAGAAACGCAUCCCUAACUUGGACUCAUCCAACCCCAACAAACAUCACCAGCACACCAUAUUCAAAGCAAAACGUCUACAAGCCUUAGGUUUUCCUCACAAAUUUAACUACGAUGUGAAAAUUCUCUGGACAGAGCCUCCACUGUUUGCCAAUUGCAACUACAAUCUUCAUUAAAGUCCAGGCCAAUCAGCAUUCAAAAAAUUUAUAACCAAACCUAAAAUAUCGUUUUCAAUUUUGUUGUUGUUGUUGAUCUGAUGAAAGGUACACAUUCACUCUUUACAUCUUUCAAAAACGAGCAUCACAAUAUAUGAAGAUGGACAGUCCUCUGAAGAAGGUCGAGCUGCAAGCAGACGUUUACAUGACUUGCCUGCAGCACGCAUUGUCCACCGAAAAUUACGAAGUCAUGGGAUUGCUCAUUGGCACCAUGAACAAAGACAUUGCCCAGAUUUCAGCUUUGAUAAUUCUCCGCCGACUGGACAAGAAGAAGGACAGAGUUGAAAUUUCACCGGAGCAACUGCUGAAAGCUACUGCUGAAGCUGAGAGACUCGCCAACGAGUUGAGACGUCCUAUCAGAGUCAUCGGUUGGUACCACAGUCACCCACACAUUACAGUUUGCCCUUCACACGUGGACGUGGGAACACAGGCCACCUAUCAAAUGAUGGACUCGAGCUUCGUUGGCCUCAUUUUUUCAGUCUUCUCAGAGGUGAAAGACACGAAGGAGCAAGAAGUCUUCUUGGCUUGUUUUCAGUCUCGUAAUAAUGAGGCUGUUGAAAUUCCUCUGCAGAUUGUUUACACCAAUGAAAUAUCUGAUCGAUGCCUCAAGACAAUGAUUCAACUGCCAAGGAUCCUCGAUCAAGAGGAGGAGAAUGCUGCGGACUCGUGUGAGAAUAACACUGAUGUUCUUGCAACAAUCUACAACGAUGCUGUGAAAACCCGUCAGUUUGCUCACAUCACGGACAUCAUCACUCGACCCCUGAUACUCUCGCUGGAGUCGAGAAUCGGGAUGAACCAAAUUCGUGCCACGCAGCUUCGAAAAGAGCUCGAGACACUGAAAAAAAUCCAAAUCCAUUAAACAAUAAACGUAUUCCUCCUGUUCUUUUCGUUAAAUAAAUAAUUCACUGAACUUUUCGUA